AUGUUACCUCGCUCACAUCAAUGUUCUGGGGGAAAUCGACUACUCGAUCAAGGUCUGAUGGUGGCAUCUACGCUAUGUGUUAUCGCUAUUGUGAUCACUUUGCCAGUGAAGGCAAGCUCAAAAGCACCUGCAUCUUUCGUAUUUGGCGGUCUCGAAAAUCUGACCGGGUGGAAUUCGAUGGUAAUCGCUUGGCUAUUAGGUUUGUUACAGUCGGCAUUUGCGUAUCUCGGACUCGACGUGAUCUAUCAUAUCUCAGAAGAAAUGCCCAAUCCAAGAAGAGAUGGUCCAAGAGCUGUGACUUGGACAAUCGUCGUGAGCGGAUUAUCAGGAAUGGCAGUGCUGUUAGCAAUGCUGUUCUGCAUCACCGAUGUAGAUCAUGUCAUGUCGACCCCCUACGUUCUUCCCUUCGCUCAGAUAUGCCUGGAUACCACAAAGUCGAGAGCAGCUGCUACAAUCUUCCUUCUCAUACCGUCAAUCCUUUUCAUGAACUCGGUCAGAGGUAUCACCUUGACUGGAUCUCGUGUGUUGAUGGCUUUGGGUCGAGACAAGGUGUUACCCCACCUUGAGCUGUGGUCCAUCACCUUCCGAGGCGAGCCUGUCUAUGGUCUUGGUAUGUGUGUCCUUGUGCCGUUGAUUUGCGGACUCAUCCAGCUUGGAUCUACAUCUACAUUCAACUCGCUUACUGGAGCGGCGACCAUUGUUUUCGAGAUAUCAUAUGCGGUACCAGCAGCAUUGAUGCUAUUGGGCGGUCGCCGCAAACUCAACUUAGCUGCUCCAGGUCGAACCUCUAACCUUGGAAGAUGGGGUGUCCCUUGUAAUCUGCUCGCGGUCUUCUUUGUGCUGCAAUCUUGUGUGAUUUAUUGUUUUCCAGCGACCAUGCCAGUGACAGCAGCAAGUAUGAGCUAUGUGGUGGUUUUCGUUGGAGGAUUUGCUGCCAUAUUGGCCCUCCUAUGGUCAACUUGGGCAAAUAAACGGUAUCAGGCGCCUACCGAAUCCCUGAUUGUCUCUCUAACCGAUGGUGCGGAUGGUCAUCAUGAUGGCGUGGUUGUGAAUGAUCAGACCGAGAUUUGA